UCCGCACAGCGAGACUCCAGGGGGCGGGGCGUGUGCCGCGCGGCAGGGUCCUCCGGACCAGAGCUGCCGAGUCUCUGCGCCCUUGGUGUUGCCGCAGAGCGCUCCGCCGCCUCUUCUCAGCCGCGGGAUGCUGUUCCUGGCGUUGGGCGGGCCGUGGGCAGCCGGACUACGGCCCGGCGGGAAGAGGGCGGCCUCGUGGGCGGCCGUCGCGCUCCGAGGCCCCCGGGUGGUCGCCGCGCGGGUAGUCUCUUGCAACUGGCCCUCAGGGCCGGCGGGCGCCGGGAGCGUGGGGAUGCGGGGAGCUACGCUCCUCCUCCAGCGGCCCAGGAGUGCGCAGAUACCUGCUUGCUGGGAAGGAUGUGUUCGAUGUUCAUAUACACAACUUGGCAAAUCAGAAGAUGGAAAGCUGAUUUAUACUGGGAAUUUGGCCCGUGCAGUAUUUGGUGUGAAAUGUUUCUCUUAUUCUACAAGUGUGAUCAGCCUUGCAUGUCUACCAUACAUUUUUUCACAAAGUAAUAUAUUUGGAAGUCUGCCUUUGCAAAUCCUGUUUUACAGUGUUAUUGGAAGCUUUAUGGUGAUCACCCCAGCACUGCUUCAUUUUCUUACAAAAGGGUAUGUCAUUCGGUUGUACCAUGAGGCCACAACAGACACUUAUAAAGCCAUUACUUACAAUAUUGUGCUUUCAGAAACAAGCACAGUGUUUCACCGGAAUGAUGUGAAGAUUCCAAACAGCACACAUCUGUUUACCACAUUUUAUGCUAAAACAAAAUCACUGUUGGUUAAUCCAGUGCUCUUUCCAAACCGUGAAGACUAUAACCAUCUAAUGGGUUAUGACAAACCAUUUACUUUUGAUAUAGAAGAAGAUAGUGAAAAGAAACAGCUUAGGGAUGAGAAAUGAGCCUGUUGUUUAAAUGUAAUUUAUGCUUGCAGGUGUAAGAUUGCCUUUAAUUUUGUAUAGUUUUUGUUAAAAAUAAUUUGAAACUAUCAGAGCUUCUAUUAAUUUUCAGAGAAUGAUCCUUUAUUAUAGAAUAAGCUAUGUUUGAAAAAUAAAAAAGGUCUCCUGUUUUUUUUUUUUUGGUACCAGGGAUCGAACUCAGAUCCUUGCACUUGCAAGGCAGGCGCCAGAACCACUGAGCUAAAUCCCUGGCCCAUCCUGUUUGUUUUAAAAAGUGCAAAAACCCGUACAUGCUGUUAUAUGUAUGGAUGAUGUAAUUGUGAUUUCCCCUACACUAGGGGUCAAAUGUCAGAAGCAAAUAUGAGUGUUGUGUUUUUCCUUAUGUUUGGAUAUUUCUAGGUGUAUGACUAUUCUUUUCCCACAUAAAAACCUUUUGAGUCACUGUUGCCCAUAAUAACGCCCAUGUAUAGUUUGUGGUCUGCUAUAAGAGAAAGGAAGGAGCAGGAGAUACUAAUAUACUUUCUGGGUCACACUCCUAGUGACCUGCCUCUUUAAUCAGGCCCCGCUUCCUAACAGCACGUUCAGCAGUGGACUCAUCAAUGGAUUAAUCCACUUGUGACUAUAGCACCCCCAUUUCUGAACACAUGGGGACAUUUUAGGUAUAAACCAAAUCACAUGUACGAGGGAGGUUGAUGGGAGGAAAAACAGGACUAUUCCUAAUUCAUAAGGAAAAGUCAUUCAGGUCCAAGGCGGACCUGAAGCUUAUUCCUAGAGGAUAGCUUGGGUCAGAAAAGCCAUUUUCCUGGGACCUAGAACCUGUCUUGAUAGGAUCAGGUUCAUCAGACUCAGAAUUGCCACCUGUAUUCCUGCUUGCCACCUUAUCCUCAGAUUGGGCCUCUACCUGCUUGUUCUGUCUUUUGUUGCCCACACGGAUGCCUGUUGUUAUCCUAGCAAUAAAUAAGAACUUUCUAGAAAAAGUUACUUCAUGAUGACCUGUUAAUUAGAACAUAUUAGAAAGUCAUUCUUAGUUUCACUUAGGAAAAAUAACUGGUUAACAUUUUGAAGUUUUCUCAAGAUUCUCCCUCUUAAUAACUUGUUUUGUGUAUGUCUCGUAAAGCCUCUUUUUUUUUUUUGGUACCGGGGAAUGAACUUGAGACCUUGUGCUUGCCAGGGAGGCAGCGGGAUCAUUGAGCUAAAUCCCUGGCCCUCUUAAAGCCUUUACUGUAAUUAAAUAUAUUUAUAAUUUACACAAAUGCUUAAUCUUCAAGAAACAAAUUCACAAGAUGCAAAACCAGGAAACAAGUUUAUUAGAUACUGCUGCUCUUCAAAGCACAGAUGGUGAGGUGAACUGCAAGGAACAGAAAGGUAGUCUCAUUUGGACAAGGCAUAUGUAGCUCUUUAAAUAUCAGAUCCAUGUGAUCAUUUUUUUCACCUGUGGAAAAUUUUUAUUUUUAUAAAAAGAUUCAAAAGACUAGGAGGGAAAGAGCACUAAAUGGGAAAGGUGAUUUCUGAAGGAGGUGGCUUGGAGUGAGACUAGGACAUAGGAAGGAUUAGCAAAUAUUUCUAUGAAGCUUCAUCAAAAUAAACAACUCAGGCCACAAGGAGGAUAAAUAUAUGUACCUCCUCCAUGCCACUGUGCUGCCCUCACCUCAGAGUUACCUUGAAAAGCAGGGAGGGAGGGAUGGGGAUUUAGCUCAGUGGUUUUGCCGCUUGCUGCGCAAGCACAAGGACCUGAGUUCAAUCCCCAGUACCAAAGAACAACAACAAUAAAAGCCAGGGAGGGUAAUGAGUCUCCCAUUGUUUAGGAGGAGGGGUGGUCAAUCUGUUAUUUGACUCUCAAAAGUCAAGGUUGUGAUUGGUAAUUGAUAUGUCUACUUAAGUGAGAAACACCUAGCAGAUUGUAUGCCACAAACUGAGCAGGGACGAUCCACCUCUAAUGUGGGUGGCACCAACCAAUAGGCUUGUAGCCUGGACAAAAUAAAAAGGGAAAGAAGAGAAAGUCUUCCCUUUUCUUUGGAGGAGUUCUGGUCUUUACCAUUGCCUUUGGAUGUUGGUCUCCAGUUCUUGCAGGUGUCCAGUACAGACUCUUCAGCUUUCCAACACAGAUACUUUGGCUUUCCAACAGACUUGCACUGGACUCUGCAGAGAGCUCCAGGCCUUACAUCCUCUACUGGAUCCUCUGGCUCUCCAGCAGGCAGACAGCCAUUUUGCAUUCUUCCACUGCUGAUUUUGCUGGAGUCAUUGUAAACCUUCCUUAUAAAUCCUUUAUAUAAUCUAUAUCUAUAUCUAUAUAUAUCAUUUAAUAUAAUAUAAUAUAUAUUAUAUUAAAUGUUCCACUAGUGAAUCUAGCUGAUACAAGGGUGGUUCCUUUACAUCUAAGAUAUAAUAAACGCAAUCACAACAAAGUACAUCAUUAUGAUCCUUUUCCUUAAUGUAUAUUUCAUUGUACUGAAAGGCCUCACUUUUUGGAAGCAAAAGUAAAUAUCCAUUUGAUAGGAA